GCUCCCACUUGUUCGACGCUACGCAGCUUUUCGGGACAGCGCCGACGGCACGAAUAUUUUUUUAGAUCGCUUACGCAGCAGUCUGCCACAGAUAAAAAUUGUGUCGCCGUUUUCUUCCAAGAGUUGGCUUUCCUGUGGUGGCUUGUGAAUCAAGAUACAACGCAUCUGUCCAGUGGUCCUCGAUCAAAGAGCAAGGAAUCAUGUGGUGAAGGUGUCUUCCGCGGGUUUCAGCUGAAAUCCAGCGAACGGAGUGUCCACCAUGGCGCCUGGAGCCUACGCCGAGUUGCGAACGCAACAGGCCGACGUGCUACGUCGCCUACCUCAGGGCCUCCGCACCUGGACCGACGAGCUGCUGAAGCGGCAGGCCCGCGAUCUGACCUUCCACUUCCCGGACGACGUGACGCGACGCUACCUGUACGAGUCGUGGGUCGGCUACUUCGGAGGCGAGGCCUGCGUCGGGGCGUCCCUGGACCGGCUCGUGCUCAACUGCAUCGUGGCCACGCCCUCGCCCUCGAACCCCGCGGUGCCCCUGUUCGUCGACAUCGUACUCGGAGGUGCGAGUCUGCAGGUAGCUGACCGAGGCAACAAGCCUGCAGCAGGUGCCACUCCUCCAAAGAUCGUCGUCUCCACAGGUGAGGCGGGCGUGAAGGAUGCUCCUGUUGCUGCGAAGGACAAGAACGACUCUGCAGACGAGCAGAAGGACACGACUUCCAAAGACACUCAGUCAGGAAGGGCUCAAGACACAGACACCACGACGUCAACUAAAACUAAAGUCGAAGACAGGAAACAAGCCGAUAAAGACAAGACGAACACCGUAACAACCAACUCGACAAACACCGAUGAAAAGGAUGCUACGCCCGCAAAGAAGAAGCCCGAAGGCGCAAAGAACGUAACGAGUGAUGUCCGAGACGACGAGAAGGUAUCCAAGACUUCCACGUCUGAGGUCGCGGCUAGCCCGGCCCACCAGGACGACCCCAAGAGGCCGGUGACCUCGCAGUCGACAUCUGGCAAAGUCGUCAAGGUGUCUUCGAAGAGCGAAGAGAAGGAGAACGUGCCGGCUGACGACACGUCGUCGGUGGAAUUGCGCCGUGGAGCGAAGAACAGCGCUUCGAACAACGCCGUUCACAACAAGUUCAGCUUCUUCAAGUGGCGUCCUUCGAGCCUCAUAGAACGUCGAAAGAGCAGCGUGGGAGGCGUCAAGUUGCGCAGGAGCUUGAUGGAGACCACGAGCGCUCCACCUCCAAGAGAACGCGGCGCCGUCAUUCGGCAGCCGUCGUUCGCGGCUCCCAGCGCACUCAAGUUCUUGAUAUACUUGUCUAAGCUAUUGGAAACCAGCAAGGAGAACCGUGAAGCUUUGGACGAAGCCGGCAUGAUCAUCGGCUUCUGUUCCCUGCUGCUGUCCCUGGUAUCCUUCAAGACGAGGACUCAGGUGGAGUCGUACUUCCGAGACAGGGUUGGCGGAGUACUCUCGACCGUCGUGCCAUCCGCUUCCUUCAAAGGCGUGGUUCCCGUCCCAAACCGCCGCUUCCUGGAGGUCCUCCACGAGCAGCUGACCCGAGGCUCGCAGCUUCAGACUCAUAUCAGCGUGCUCGCCGUCUGCCAGUACCUCUACUUCAAGGAAGCUGGAAACGGUAAGUUUCCUGAGCUCGACAUGCGGUUCCUCAAGGAAGGGUACCUGAAUCACACGAUCGGAACAGGACUCGGAACAGUGUCCCUGCUGCGAGCCCUCCAGGAGAAAACCAAGCUGAACCCUGCCGCCAUCCUAAGAUUCCUCAACUCAGACGUCACUCGCGAAUCGUGUGAACGUGUCGAGGAGUUCCUCAAGCACCAGAAGUCCCUGGCUGCGAAGAAGAACGCCGGCAAAACUUUUGGCAAGCUUACAGCGCAGCAGCAGCAGCAUACGUGGCCAUGGUGCCGCGUCAUUGACCAGAGGCAGUUCUCGAACCUGAUGACGAGGGCCAAUGCGUUCUAUGCCGUGCGGGUCGUCUGCUGUCUGAACCCGCCGCCGGAAGACCGGAUGUGGAAGUGCGUUGAGUUCGUACCGGAAGAGGUGAAAAAGCACGAACGCGAGUGGGGAGAGAUGUUCCGGCGCCAUCUGAAGGAUGGCAGCAUUCGCAAAGCGAGCGAUUCUAUGCUCAAGCACCGCGAAGGCGAGUGGGCGCGAGCUCUGGAGGCCAUGUACUUCGUGGAGGACUUCGAGCUUCUUUCUGUCGGCUCGUACAAGAAGGGAAAGACGUCGUCAACAGAAGUCGACGGUUGCGGAAGGGAAGAGACAGCGCCUGCCAAGAUGGUGACAAUGGCAGGUACUGCGUAGCUGAAAUCACUUUCAAGAAACUGUGAACUAAAACGAGUCAGGUUUCGCUCAGUUGCUACUCCUUUCGGGAGCUGAAACUCUGCGCACUAUGAACCUCAUCGCCAUGCGCAAACUCUCUUGAGGCGCUAACCGCGCAAUCAAAAAAGGAGGAGGACUACUACGUAUACUUCGCCAAUGGCAACUUCGGCGUGUCGACCAUUCGCAAAUAUGCAACAUGAUUCGUCUGAGUUCAUACGUUUUGUCUUGCCCACAUGGACUUAGUACAUCGUGUUUUGACUGUGUUGGGAAUCGAAGAUGUGUCAGGCGUAACUCCUUCCAGUGGAGUUGCGCUCAACUGAGUGGCUGUCGUACGCGUAGGUCAAGCGUUCAAUGGUUGUGUGAUUAACUUGCGUGCACUUAUUGAGUGCGUUUAUUUUCUAACCUGUAUAGCCGUGCCUAUAGGUACGAAUAUAGACGGAGGUACAAAGCCUUGCGUAAGCCAAUAGCAUGCCGUUUACAUCUGUCAAUCUGUCUAACAUUCCGCAUCGACUAUUUUGAUGUUGUGUUUUCCUACGGUCACGGAACUCUUGCGCCGCUGCGUUUAUGCUCAGAUGGCUAAUGGUUUGGGUCGUUUUGGUUUAAAGUGCACUGUGGCUUCAGCAUGAAUAAUCCUCCGCAAUUGCAAGAAACGAUGGCGACCGUGUUAUGUGCAGCAUGCGUAAUCAAGAUGAGCACGUUAUCUUUCCAGGGUCAUUUGUGCACUAAUGUUAAAACAAGCUCGCAUACGUCGUAUACCGAAUCCAUGUUCGUCUUACAAUAUCGUUCAAUGUUUCCGUGGGUUGUGGCCACGUGUGCAACUUGUAAACCACUUAAUCGAAAGUCGUUGCACCUAUGGCUCAGCAGGAUUCCCACACCCUGGCAUUGCCUUGGCAUGGAUAUCUUCGUGUUCCUAAGGCGAGAAUGUAUUUGCGGGACGUGUCACCUGUCUAGCAUAUGUCAGAGUGGAGAGGAGGAGAAAGAACAUAAUAUUAGUAUUAAAACGAAAAAGAAAGAAUAGAAAAUGUUACAUCGACAGCACACCAUGAAAUAUUGGCUUUUAGUUCCAAUUGCACGGCCAAUAAUUACAUGGAGAUUAAUUACACAACCAAGACGAAUCCGAACCAUCUGCUAAAGUACGUGAAGAACAUGCACCGUUACUCUCUUUAGGUGCAUGCAGAGUGUGAAUAUUCUGGUCCAAGUUAUGGUGUUGGCCAAACGCGCGAGAGCCCUUUCUAGUUUUCAUUAUGCAUGCUGUGGUGCAUGUUGCGUCGCCGUUGGGAAGUGGCCGGUGUCGCAUUGUUGGCAGCUUCGCAAUAUAUUGUAGAAAUACGACGUACACGGUAUGCGCUAUAUCGAAAUCUUCAGCAUUGCACUGUGCCUGAUUGCUGUAGCUUGUCGGUCCUGCAGUUCCUAUACGACACACAGCGCUGUCUUAUGUGAAGCGCUCUCAUAGCUAUCGUUGCGAGCUGCAUUCGCAGGGUACUGAUAAACACACAUAUAGCCACAUUUUUAAUCGAGAUACGUUAUUUUUGUCAUGACGCUUCACAGUUAUACACGAGCCUUACAGAUUUACGGACGUCGCUAUUUUUAAAGUGAAGCGUGAAGUUGUAAAGCUAUGGCUCGACGCUUAUAGGUCACCGUUGCUGUACUUUUUCACAAACUGGACGACCUUCAGCGCAAUGCAGGGUUAGUUAUCACAUUUGUAAAGAUAUGUAUUGUAGCAUUGAAUGCGAGAUAGCUGACCAAGCAUUGCACCGGGGCACCUUUCUAGCUUAGCAGAUUGUUCUGCAAUUUUUUUUAGGACUUUCGUUAGCAUCACUUCAAGGCGUUCCUCUCCCCCUUGACGUCACUUUACACUUUCUUCACGGUCAUGCUUGGGUAUCGUUAUGACGCUUUCGCAGAUGCCACUUUCAGGAACCGUAAUCUGCUCUCAAUUUCACUUCCGGUCCCGAUUUCCGGUCUUCACUUCUGUGUCCUACUACCGGUUUCACGCACACCACCAAGCAUUGCUGAUUUUCUACUCCGGAUUUACGAUUAACGUGCGUCCAGUCUACGCUUCACACCCGGUUAAGAUUCUGAAAUAAGGCAAUACGUUAUGCUCAAAUAACUUUUAAUUAAAAUUUAAUGUACACUUAUUAGCCUCUUUCGUAUGCCACCUCAAUGCCUCUACCUUUUCCCCACAAUCACUCAUGAAUCACUCAUGAAUCACUUUCCACUUUAGCAAAACACGUCUUUGAAACGUUGCCAUUAUCGCGAUCCUUCAUUGGUGUGCUCGCUUUAGUUGUUCUGUAGACUCUCCAUUGAGCAAAAGUGGUUAUUCACAAAAUGCUGGAGACAUCCCAAAUGCAACGUUUCCAAAGAACGCAUGGAAUGAGGAGAGUUCAUCCCUAUGACACGGCUCUAUAGGCUGUAAAAGAGCCGCAGUGGUACUGUAAUGGUGAACGCUUCGCCGCAAGUUCGAUUUUUUUCUGUUCGGGUCUCGAUUUUUUUGCUCGGAUAUUUUCUUCUCAGAGAGAGAGAGAGAGAAGGGGGGAGGAAACGCACCUGUGUCCUGGGACUUCCGCGAAGAUUAAUUCCAAUCUUGGUACCGGUUCAUUAUACGCCGUUAAAUUUAUACUUUGUGAUGCUUUUCAUAUUUAGAGUUACUCGGGUAUAUUUAUGUGUUAUGAUAUAAAGGUAAACAUAUCUCCCAAAUGUACUAGUGCAAUUAACUUUCACUGUCCAUUCAUCCAGUAUUGAUCCCCACUGAAGCUUGCCACAUACUUGAAAAAAAAGCUAAUUGAAAAAAUUUCUUGAUUCCCCAAGAAAAUAUACGUGGAAAACAUACAGGCUCCCUAUGUAAACAUAUGGAGUCAUUGGAAUGGCAUACGGAACGUUUCGUGAUGUGAAUUUUACGUUAACAAACAAUCUCUCAAAAAAAAAAUCAAGAAUUUAGUCUCCAACUUUGAGCUGCUAAGGGGUGCAUGAUGAUGUUUCCUUGUGAAGGUGUCACUACAGUGGCAUACAAAUACGAAACACAGUGUGUGCAGAUUUCUGCAUUUUUUCGUGAAGUGCGUACAGCUGAAAGUUGGAGGUUACUCUCGGGUACAACCAUAUCCUGUCUCCUGUCGUACGUACUUCGAUUGAUAUUUUUUUUUAAUAUAAAAAUUCACAGGGUCCUUCAAGCUCUCACACUGGAAGGCGAAAGCAAUCUUUUCUUCUCGGUCAAUUGCAUUGAUCCUGCUGCGUCACCCUAAAGUUUUCUACACUUAAUGUAGUUUUCCGCUGUAUGAAACCAGGCGCCUCACCUGGUUUUAUGCUGCCUCCAUGAUCAGUCCACCUUUGACCCCGCUAUACGAUAUGUCAUGUGAUGACGUCAGCUUGUGACGUUACGAUGACAUCGUAAAAAAAUAGUUUUGGUGAUACGUCAUGUCGCGAUCAUGUCGUUUGUCAUGAUCACGUGAUUUUUUCCAUUGCUCGUAUUGACGCCGCCAACGGUGGAGGCCGAAGCCGGUGAAUUUUCGUUUUGGUGAGGAUUCAAAAGCCUUCACCUUAAUACAUGAUAAAUUCACGCGUGUAUUAAUAACUUUCUUUCUCCGGUGACACUUCUUUGCACCUAGACACCACCUCCCUACACUCGCCACUGUUACGUUAUAACAUUCCGUUUCUUCGAUGUCACCUACAAAUGGAGACUUUUUGUUGUUUUGUGUGUUCCACAAAUCAGCGAGUGCAUUCUGCACACCCGCUGCCUUUUCCAGCCAUUCGGCGUGAAACGACGCACCAGAUGCAAUAAAGUGUUAUUUUUUUCACCAACUA